AUGGACACAGGCAAGGCAUCCGUCCAGAUGGACGAAGGCGAUACAGGUCGUGAGCAAAAUCUCGAGUCGUGGGACUUUAAUGCCCAAACCGAAGAAUGGCGCAAAGACUUUGACAGGAAACUCCUCCGAAAAGUCGACAUGCGACUAAUGCCGACUCUCGUGGUCAUGUAUCUCCUCAACUUUCUCGAUCGAUCGAAUCUCGCACAAGCAAGACAAGGAUCCCUCGAGGAAGAUCUCGGCAUGUCAGGCACAGACUUCAACCUCGCCACGUCGAUUUUCUUCGUGGGAUAUCUGCUCAUGCAACUCCCCUCCAAUCUCAUCCUUACGAAGCUUCGGCCGUCGCUUUACCUUAGCGCGUCUUGCUGUCUCUGGGGCGUGGUGUCGACGUGUAAUGCUGCUUCUGAUAGCUUCACCCAUUUAAUUGUAAUUCGAUUCUUUCUGGGCUUUGUUGAAGCACCCUUUUUUCCGGGGGCGGUGUUUUUGAUGAGUUCGUGGUAUACGAGAGCUGAACUUACGCGACGCAUUGCGUGGCUUUAUUCUGGAAAUGCGUUGGCGAAUAUGUUUGGCGGUGUUCUCGGUGCGGCGAUUUUGGGAGAUCUUGAGGGAGCGCAUGGCAUUGCAGGAUGGAGAUGGCUAUUCAUCAUCGAGGGCGUAGCCGCCAUCGGAUUCUCCUUCAUCGCCUCAGUCGCUCUACCUAAUUACCCUCACACCACCAAAUGGCUAACCCAAGAAGAGCGCGCAUUUGCUGCAUGGCGCCUAGCACAAGAUAUCAACGAAGUCGACGCAUACGGCGAAAAGACAAUCUGGGACGGUGUCAAGAUGGCUGUACGCGAUUAUCGCCUCUACCUGUUCGUGCUUCUUCAGCACGUCAGCUUGGUUUCCCAGACAUUCCAAUAUUUCUUCCCAACCAUUGUCGGAACCCUUGGUUAUGGAAAGAUUACGACUCUGUGGCUCACUGCGCCAGCUUGGUUCGCGACUUUCCUCCUCUCUGUAUGCGUCACGUUGAGCUCUGCCAAGACGAAUGAUAGAUCGCUUCAUAUCAUCUGUCUCAUGCUCGUAGCAGCUAUCGGAAACGCAAUUGCAGCUGGUACAACUGUUGUUGGAGCUCGCUUCUUUGCCAUGUUUCUCAUGCCCAUGGGCUCUGUCGCUUCUUAUCAAAUUAUUGUAUCAUGGGUCGCGAACUCUUUCCCCCGUCCUCUAGUCAAACGAUCAGCCGUCAUCGCCAUCUGCAACAUGAUCGGUAACACAGCGAGUAUUUACGGAUCAUACAUGUAUCCCAGCAAAGACGGUCCCCAAUACACCCCAGGGGGUAGCGCCAAUGCCGCGAUCUGUGUUGUAGUCGCUCUUCUCGCUCUGUUGCUGCGAUAUGUUCAUAAGUGGGAGAACAAGAAGUUGGACAAGGCAGAGGCUGAAGCGAACGUCGUGGCUCCCGAGGAUGGAAAGGUCCACAUGGCUGGUACCACGGGAACCCAACGCGCAGGGUUUAGGUAUAUUUACUAG